CUGGCGGAGCAGCGCUCCUCGCGUCUCGGCGCUGCUCCGCCCGAUCAUCCCUCUCGCCCUGCGCCACACGCCCUCGCUCGCACGUGUGCUGCACCCGCCCGACGUCCGCCGCGGCAGCAGCGCAUGAGAGCUUCAUGCCCUCGCAACGACCUCUUGAGCGACGUGCGUCGCUUGCGCGUCCGAGCGCCGUGCCUGCCGCGCCAGGGCUGCAGCCAUGCUCGCCUCGGGAGCUCUUAUGCGCAGCGCUCUCCGGGCUGCGUGAGUGAGGGACGCGAGGUGCGAGGGGUCAAUCGCAAGCGACGACGACGACGAGCCAGCGCGUGUGGCGCGGCUGCAUGUCGAGCGCACGGCGCCCUCUCAUGCGUCUGCGCUCCCGCAAGCCCUUCGCUGUCGCUGCAUCUGCUGGCGGCGGCCGGACGUACCGGAGGGAGCGCCGCAAGUUGCCCUCGCCGCCCGAUAGCACCGGCCGCGGCCGACGGGAAGCCCAAGCGCCGCCGCACAGCAAGCGUCUGCGCCUCUUCCAUUCCGACCCCUCGCUCCCACCCGUCCGACGUGGCGAGCCAGCACGCCAGCGAAGCAGCCCGCGCCAGCACGCUAUCGCGAGCUUCGUCGGGCCGACAGACCGUCGACACGCGUGAGAAUGGCGGGUGCGAGCGGCUGACGGCGGAGCGCUGCGAGAUGCUGCUGCGGCAAGAACACGUUGCCUCUCAGCGGUCGCCGGCAGGGCUUGCCAGAGCACCACCGUGCCUAGAUGUAUGUCCUCCAGACCCAGUCAGCUCGCCGUUGCGUGGAGGCGGCUGCGGUGCUGAUCUCGUAGCUCGCACGCUCGACGAGCGGUGUCACAGACAUCGACCGCCUCGCGUGCCCGUCACGGCCAGCGAAAGAAGCAGCGAGCUGCCUGGC